AUGACUCCAAGCAAGGCCAGGGAUGCUUAUGCCCUCAAUGACAAAUUUUUGACCAAUAUCAACCCUUCUAAUGGCAAGGUCUUGCGCUACGGCCACACUGAAGAUAUGGAGGUAUGUCUCAAGGAGCACAGCCACCGCGUUGCAGCCGUGAUUAUGGAGUGCAUUCAUGGUCAUCUUGAGUGGGUCUAUAACGAGGUGAGGAUGGGUGCAGCCAAGACCGGCAAGUUCCUUUCUUCUGACUGGCUUGGGCCAGAGAAUAAACCCGAUAUCAUCGCUCUGGGAAAGUCAAUCAGUGGUGGCGCAUAUCCCGGCUCCUUUAUACUUGGCAAUGAGGAUACUCUAGGACAAGUCGAGCCAUAUGAGAGCGCAUCUACAUUUGCACCCACUGCCGUCGGCUUGGCUGCAGUUCCCGCUGCCCUGAAUAUUUACGAUGAGGAGAAUCUCACAGAGAGGAGCGCUGAGAUGCAGCGUAUCUGGGAGCGGGAAGCUUCGACAUGGAAAUAUCCAUUUGUGAAAUUCAUCACCGCCCGAGGGUCCGAUAUGAACAUUACAGUCGUUGAUGACUAUCCUGAUAAACGUGUCAACCCUUCCAGACUUGCGGCGCUGAUUCUGCACAAGGGAGUCUUCUUAUAUCCAAUGGAUAAUCGCCUUCGGAUGAGCGUGGCUAUGACCAUCACUGAUGAACUUUUCUUGACGGAAAUUUCUAUCAUCAAGGAGAGUCUGGACGAGAUUCUAGAGUAUGACGAAAUCUCCGGUGCUCAAAGCGAGGGUUCAAAGACAGUUACGCCGUGGGCAACGCUGGACUAG